AUGACGCCGUCCAAAGACCCGUUCGAUAUCGACGUCACUAAAGACGUUCCUAAGCUCAAAGGCCAGGCGAACUGGUUAACAUGGCAAAGGAACCUACGAAACUACCUACGCUCCAAAAAUCCGGACGCGUGGGACCUGCUCCAGGGCAAAUAUACUCUUCCAGAAGAACCAGCUCUUUAUUCGGAAGAGGAAGAUGAGAAUAUGAGAAUACUGGCUGUCCGUGCUGGUGAGGGUGGCCCUUUACCUACUCAACAACAGCUGGAACGCAGCAUUGAGCAGGCCAGACAGCGUAACCAAACCUUGCUUACUACAUACAAUUCUGAUUGCAAGAAGUGGAAACAGCUGAAUUACUCUAUACUUGUGAUUCUCGGUACUACAUGCGAGGCCAGUCCCGCAUCGCGUUUCCAAAACUGUGAAUCUGCACUCGAGGCAUAUGUCCUUCUCCAGGAAGCAUAUGAGACCUCCAACUUUGCUACGGUCGUUCGCUUGUAUAAUAAAUGGGCGUCUAUUCGCUACAAUGGUACAAGCAGUCAAGAGACCUUUCUUACAUGCUACGCGGACGCCCUCAAUGAGCUACGCGGCACCAAGAUCAUCGACGAUCAUACUGAACUCCUGCAGUUCUUCACAGCGAUUCAGGACGUUCCUGCCUUGCAG